AUGGCUCUAGCAGUCGCCGACACACAAAAUGAGACAUUCGCGCGCUCCGAAUCCCCCACAUCGGGUCCAUCGGACCAGUUGAGCACUCACGACCUGGAUCGCCACAUCGAAAAACUGAUGAGAUGUGAGCUGAUCGCCGAGCAAGACGUCAAAACGCUGUGCGCCAAGGCCCGCGAGAUACUCGCCGAGGAGGGAAACGUCCAGGUCAUUGAUUCGCCGGUUACGAUUUGUGGCGAUAUUCACGGACAAUUCUACGAUCUAAUGGAGCUGUUUCGAGUCGGUGGUCCCGUCCCGAACACCAAUUAUCUCUUCUUGGGCGAUUUCGUCGAUAGAGGAUUCUAUUCGGUUGAGACAUUCCUGCUGCUUCUGGCGCUGAAAGCCCGCUAUCCGGACCGUAUGAUGUUGAUUCGAGGCAAUCACGAAUCGCGUCAAAUCACGCAGGUGUACGGUUUCUACGAUGAGUGCAUGAGGAAGUACGGUAAUGCGUCCGUCUGGAAGCACUGUACGGAAGUGUUCGACUACCUCGCACUGGCCGCUGUCAUCGAUGGAAAGGUGUUUUGUGUUCAUGGCGGAUUGUCGCCGUCGAUCAGCACGAUGGACCAGAUUCGAGUCAUUGAUCGGAAGCAGGAGGUGCCGCACGACGGUCCGAUGUGUGAUUUAUUAUGGUCCGAUCCAGAGGAAGGAAACGUCGGAUGGGGUCUGUCGCCACGUGGCGCUGGCUAUCUAUUCGGUGCGGACGCGUCGAAGACGUUCUGCGAAGCGAACAGUGUCGAUUUGAUUUGUCGGGCACAUCAGCUGGUGAUGGAAGGAUACAAGUGGCACUUCAAUGAGAAAGUGCUUACUGUAUGGUCGGCACCCAAUUAUUGCUAUCGAUGCGGAAACGUGGCCGCGAUUCUGGAGCUCGAUGAGAAUCUGAAUCGAGAGUUCACAAUUUUCGAGGCGGCGCCGCAGGAGAAUCGUGGAGCACCCGCCAAGAAGCCACAUGCCGAUUAUUUCCUUUAA